UAAACUAAAGGGUAAUUUAGAUAUUUCACAUACCCAUUUGUCCCAAAACUCUUCUUUUUAAAAUUUGGUCUCAAAAGUCGUCAAAUUUGUACACAUUUGGGCAAUUUCCCAAUAAACAGCUAUUAAAUAAAUCAUUAAUGAUGGUCACAUGCAUAGUGAAAAUAUUAGACACAAUUCAAUCAAAUGAAGAAGACAGAGGAAGAAUCAAAGUCUUCACAAUUUAUGAAAACCAACCUCCCAUUGAACUUUCAAAAACUUACAACCAAAGAAAACAAAACCAGCAAAUAUAUAUAACAAUAAUAUAAUUAGAAACACAAAUACAAAGCCUCCAUUGGCAAUGGAUGAAGUGAAGCUGCAUGAAAAUUGGUUAAGCCUUUCCGCAUGCAAAGUCAUUUGGGCUCUGUCCCUCAAAGACAUACCCUACCGAUAUGAAGAAGAAGGUAUCACCAACAAAACUCCUUUCCUUCCUUAUUCUAACUCCGUCUCUGUCAUCGUGGACGGAAAAUCGAUCUCCGACUCCUCUGUUAUUCUCGAAUACAUUGACGAGACGUGGCCGCAAAACCCCUUACUCCCUUCCGAUCUCCUCGACAAAGCUACGGCUCGGUUUUGGAUUCGAUUCAUUGAUGAUAAGGGGGCGGCCAUAACUAGAAUGUUCUACCCGGGCGGGAAGGAACAGGGGGCGAAGGUGGAAAGCUUAGAGAUGCUGCGAAUAUUAGAAGAGGAAGUGAUCGGCGAGGAGAAAUUCUUCGGCGGAGAGAAGAUCGGGAUGGUGGACUUGGCAUUCGGAGAAUUUGUAGAGUGGUUGGGAGUGUUUGAAGAAGUAAUCGGAGAGAAAUUGUUGGAAUCGGGCUCAUUUCCUCGGCUAGAAGCUUGGAGCAGAGCUUUCAUGGCAGUUCCAGCCAUUAGUGAGAAUCGUGCGGAUCGAAAUGGGAUGGUGGAGAAUAUCAAGCGUUUUAGGAUUCCGCUUCCGCAACAUCGUUCUGCGUUGAAUUCAUCCAAUGAUAUGAAGAACGUUCUUGGGUUUUUGGAGCUCUUUCGAUGUUUUUGUGAACUCGUUUCUAUCGUUGGCAGGUUUUUCUGAAACGUUUUCGUAUUUUGUAAAAUAAGCUCUUAGAUAUGAUUGUGCAUAAAAAAAUUAUAUAUUGAAAUAACCUUAACAUCUCUCUCAUUUAUGAACUUCAAAACUCAACAAAUAGAAAUCAAUGUUAAAUGGAGAGAAUGAAAAAUAACAUUGCAGAAAACCUCUGUUCUUAAGCCUCUGGUCUAAUCUAAUUUUAAAUCACAAAUUCAAUCCAAAAUUUAUGCCAUCACUUACCCAAAUUUAACUUAAAAAAAACAAAUGGAAAUAGAAAACAUGAUCAAUUAUUUCAAUUGCAAGAAAGUCAAGAUUAGAAAGAGUAAAUAAAAUGAAUUGGUUGGCAAAGUCAAAGUCUAACAAAAGGAUGAUGAAGAAAAAACACUUCAAUAAAUGAUGAACAAGAAGGCCGAACAAGAAAGCUCCUCCAUUAUUGACAGUAAUGGAUGAAGUGAAGCUAUAUGGGCACUGGUCGAGUCCUUUCGUUUAUAGAGUUAUAUGGGCUUUGAAAAUCAAAGCUAUUCCCUACGAAUAUGUAGAAGAAGAUAUUCACAACAAAAGUCCUUUCCUUCUUCACUACAACCCUGUCUACAAGAGGGUUCCUGUCCUCGUUCAUGGCGGAAAAUCUAUCUGUGAGUCUACUGUCAUCCUUGAAUACAUCGACGAGACAUGGCCACAAAACCCUUUACUUCCCGUUGAUCCACUCGAUCGAGCUACCGCACGAUUUUGGAUUCAAUUCGUUGAGAAUAUGGGGCUAACCACAUGGACAAUGUUUUGUUCGAGUGGGGAGGAGCGAGAAAAGAAAAGGCGAGAGAGCUUGGAAAUGCUGCAAAUUGUAGAAGAGAAAGCAAUCGAGGACCAAAAAUUCUUUGGUGGAGAGAAGAUCGGGAUGGUAGAUUUGGUGUAUGGAGUAUUUGGAUAUUGGUUGGGAGUGAUCGAAGAUCUAAUUGGCGAGAAAUUGAUAGAAACAUCUACGUUUCCUCAACUGCAUGCUCGGAUAAAAGUUUUCUUGCAAGAUCCAAUAAUUCGAGAGAAUUGUCCCGAUCGAGAUCGGAUGGCCAUUUCUUUCAAAGCCAUAAGGGAGCGACUUCUUGGAUCAAGAUGAUGUUCGACUUUCCAGUCAUCACAUAAUGUAAUUUGAAUUACUGUCAAUAAAUUUUCAUUGGAAGCUAAUAAUUUUUGUUCCAAUUAAAAGAGGUUAAAGUGCUAUAUUUA